AGAGAGAGAGAGAGAGAGAGAGAGAGAGAAGGAAAUGAAGAAAUACAGCAGAAGAUCAAAGCGAAUGCGAGAAGUAGCGGCAACCGAUUCCAAAACUAUGUCUUCUAUCACUGCAGAAGUUGGCGGAGAAGGCACUGUGAAACAGCAGGCGUAUGAACAGCUUGUUGCAGCAUGCCCAGAUGCACUUCAGAAUAGUAAAAGCAUUCAGGUUGAUGAAGAGAUAAGUAUCUUUGAACUAGGUUCCCCAUAUUUGCUUGUUAAAGUUCCUCAUCGCCACCGAUCAGAGAGAAGAAUUAUCAGCAAACGGAUAACUACCGUUCAAAAUGCUGGUAUUUUCCAUACUAAGUUGUGUAUUAGACUUUCAAUCAUUGGCUCGAAUUGUUUUCUAUUAUUCUUCUCUUAUGUGGAAUUGGGACUUUUCCUUAUUACUGCAUGAAGCUUGGUAGUUAUCAAGGUUAUCUUGUUUUUUAUUUUGAGGGUCGAAAAAUGUUUAGUUAGUUUAGGUGCCCCUCAACUGACUCUCAGGUUUGUCAUCUCAAAGGUGCUUCUCUUUUUGGGUGGGUGUUUGUCUGCUUUGUAUUGGUGAUCCAGGAUGAAUCAUGAAGCCCCCUCUAAAUAACCAAUCAGCUUGGUCUGAUUGAAACAUCAUAAUCUAUGGUGGGUAACCAAUAAAUGACUACAUGUUUGAUGAGUAAAUUGUGUUAUGACAGCGUUUUGUGGAGAACAAAUGAGGGAAUGGCAUCCAACUCAGCAACGUACUACAGAACGUACCCGUGUCUUUGGAAAAAGAAAAAGUAAACAAAUGGCUGAGGAGACAAGUGAUUCGGAAGUAACUAUGCCAUGUUCUUUUCGGUGUCGUGGACAAUCUAAUAGAAAUGUGAACUGCAGUAAUAUGAUUAUGUCGCAACAAGGGAAGUUAGACAGUGCUAUGUUUGAACUACACUUGGAGAAUCUAUGGAGAAACUUUUCAGAAGAGAAGAGGUGCUCAUUUACGUAUCUUGAUAGCCUCUGGUUCACCUUGUACAUGAAAGAAUCUUUCAAAGCAAAGGUGUUGAAUUGGAUUAAGAAGAGGGACAUUUUCUCAAAGAAAUAUGUUUUCAUUCCCAUUGUUCACUGGUGUCACUGGAAUCUCUUGAUUCUUUGCCACUUCGGUGAAAGUCUACAGUCAAAAACCAGAACUCCCUGCAUGUUGUUGCUGGAUUCACUGCGAAUGGCAAACCCUAAGCGGCUUGAACCUGGGAUAAGAAGGUUUGUGUCGGACGUAUACAAAGCAGAAGAUAGGCCAGAGACCAAAAAGAUGAUCUGCAAAAUUCCUCUUUUGGUUCCUAAGGUUCCGCAGCAGCAAAAUGGCGAGGAAUGUGGGAAAUUUGUUCUGUACUACAUAAACCUAUUUUUAGAGAGUGCACCAGAAAAUUUUAGCAUCUCUGAAGGGUAUCCUUACUUUAUGAAAAAAGAUUGGUUUACCCAUGAAGGACUGGAAUGCUUCUGCAGUAGACUUGAUUCAUUUUGUUAGUGAAGUCCGAGCUUCAUGAGUUUUUUUGUAUACUUUGCACAUAUUGAUUGGCACAUCGAAGGACAGUCUGGUGAUAUGGGUCCUUGGGUUUUGUUUAGGAUGUAAAGGGGAAGCUACGAUGAUUGGCUUUUAUGUUAAGAUAUAGGUAUGUUUGGAGCCAGGUUAUGAAGUAAAAUAAGUCUGGUCACGGACCUUGGUUUUUUUACCGGUUUAUCUAGCAACUUUUUUGGACAAAAAAAGGCUUAUUUAGGCUUACCAGCGGGUCUUUAGUCUAAUAGCAUUCGUUGUUUUGUAA